AUCAUGGAUUGUGGGUGUGACCCGGAAUUUGAACGGGACCCGAUCUGCGAUGAUGACCCAGCCCUAGGUACCAAUGAUGAAGUGGCGGGAUAUCUCAAUCGACUGGUGGACCAGUCUAUCACUGAUCUAAUAGAGGAGGAUAACACUCUUGGUGAAUUUCAGGAUGAGGAAUCACCGUUACCAGAUUUUAAAAAUCAGAACCAAAAAAAAACAAAUAAUGAGUUUUCACCUUCAAAGUCACUGCCCUGUCUAGAUUUGAAGCAAAUGGAUGGCAUUCCAAAAGCUGGUCCACAGACACAGCGAACUAGCUCCCUUCCCAGUGUAAAGAGGAAGCCCUCCCCUGUGAGACUUGAUUUGGAUUUGAGGAGGAAUAUACUGAUCAGGCAGUAUCGGAAGGCUAUGGUUGACUCCUAUGUGAAUCAUGUACCUGUUAUUCGAGAGGAGCCAGAAACAAGCUCAAGACGAGUCACAGCUGCCGACCUAGUACCUGAUCCAUCGAGUGUCGCAAGCAAGAAAACAGCUGCCGACCUAGUAUCUGAUCCAUCGAGUGUUGCAAGCAAGAAAACAGCUGCCGGCCUAGUAUCUGAUCCAUCGUGUGUCGCAAGCAAGGAAACAACUAACAACACUGAUGAUGAUUUGGAUGAUGAAAUCGGGGACUUUGUCAGUGAAUCUCUGUCAUCUAUUACCAGGGAAAAUGCUUUGGAUGAGGAAACCAUGGAUGAUCAAGUUGAUGAUUUCAUUAACAGAUCUCUGAUGGCAGUUGUUGAUGAAACAGCAUCCAUGCUUGCAAUGGAAGAGAUGGAGAAAGAGCUUCACACCAGCAAGGCUGAGAGAGACACAGAAAAAGAGCUUCACACCAGCAAGGCUGAGAGAGACACGGAGAAAGAGCUUCACACCAGCAAGGCUGAGAGAGACACAGAGAAAGAGCUUCACACCAGCAAGGCUGAGAGAGACACGGAGAAAGAGAUUGCCACACCAUCUACUGUCAGUGAGGCUGAGAAGGAGACGAAGAAAGAAUUCUCCAAAGACAAAGAAGGCCACUCUAUUCAGUGUGCACCAGCUUCCAUUUGCAGUGAGGAAAAGAAAGAUGUCACUGUUAUCAAAGAGAGUCUAGACCAAGCUGAAACUACUAUCGAUGCCAAGGAAUCCUCCAAAAGUGUUUUUGGUUUCAUUUUCAAUAGGAGAAGAUCCAUUGGCUCUCUAAAACUGAAGUUGCCAUGUCUUGGUUUAGUAUGCUGUACAUCACCUCAAGAUGUUGAUGAGGAUAGAGAUGUUACAAGCAACUUAAACAGCCGUCAAACCAAGAAACCUGGGCUUCUGAAGAGAUUGUUUCCAUUCCUGAGGAAGAGAAGCGCUCGGGUGGCUCCUCUUGUUACUGAGUGUUAGGAUUAAGAGGGUUUUAGUCAGUCAGGAGAUAUUGUCUAGGCAAAUCAUUAUUGUUGGUUUAUUGUUAACGUAUAAAGGUGUUUGUGGUAAAUUGGAAUAUUUAUAUGAUAAAAAGGUACUUGAAGGUUUUGUGGUAAAUUGGAAUAUUUAUAUGAUAAAAAGGUACUUGAAGGUUUUGUGGUAAAUUCGAAUAUUUAUAUGAUAAAAAGGUUCUUGAAGGUUUUGUGGUAAAUGUGAUUAUAGGUCUCCGGUGAUAAAUUUGAUUAUUCAUCAGAUAAAAAGGCUUUUUGAUAAAGGUUUUGUUUAAUUUCAGGUUUUUAAUGCAUUCUCAGGUAUUUUUAGGUUCAGUGUUAAAAAACAAUUCUUUAAUGCUGUUGAAUGAUCAAUAUGAAUGAUGAGCAACAAAAGAAAAAGGCAAACCCAGCUCAAUCCUCAAUUUCUAUUGUUUUCAUGAUUUUUUCUAAAUUAAAAACUGAAUAAUUAUUAAUCUUUGUUUGAAAAAUAACUAAAUUAAUUUUAUUCUAACUCUCUAAAUAGCUGUAUCAUUCAUUCAUCAAUUGGCUGUGUGCAAU